CUGUACCCUAACCCUAAUAUUUCCUGCGGGUCCAAUAUGGAAGACGAUGAAAACGACGAGAUUAUAAAGGACAUACAGUUUGGCUUCCGGCGUUUCCAAGCGCCUGCAAAACGAAUCGACGAGAAGCGGCAUGUCUUUCUCUUGGAUGUCCCGUCGAGUCCAAUCUAUCGCUGGUUGCCGUCCUGGACGCCACAGCUCGUUCGUUCCUGGCUGCAGCGAUUGCUGCCUGAGUGGUUCUUGCCUACAAGCGUCAUUCUGAAGGAGCGAAACCCCGACAGGGCCGAUUCCUACGAAAACGAAAUCGACACAUACCGGCACCUUCAAUCCCUCCAGGGCACCCACAUCCCGCGUUUGUUUGGCGAGGCCGCCGUUUAUGACCACGAGCGGACCAGAUCUCAGAUCAGCAAGCGGCCAAUUCCUGCUAUCCUUCUAGAACACGUUGACGGAAAGCCGCUACACAGUCUUCCAACCGAAGAGCUUGAGAAUCCUUGCCUUGUCAAGCAACUCGAGGAGAUAUACAGACUGUUUACGAAAAACGGUGUUGUUCAUGGAGAUCCACGGCUCCGUAACUUCCUACGUGUUGGCGACAAAGUGUUUGCUAUCGACUUUGAGCUUUCCUCCCCUCCCGGUGAUAUAACAAAUAAGCAUGAGUUGGAGACCCUAAAGAGCGAGAUCAGGCGACGGGGAACGCAGCCACAGAAGGCGAAAUCGGUCCAUCCGCGCCCGGGCCGUGUCCUCCUCAUAAAUGGUUCAGAUGUUAAACAGCUCGGCACGGCCAACGCUAUUGGGGCGCCCGAAGGCUAACCCCCUCCUGGUUCGGCAGGAGCAUACAGCUUCAAGACUGCGGCGGGGAACGGCAAGCCUCCGUAGUGGGCGAGGCGGAGAGGCGGUGUAGUAGGGAAGAAGGGGAGGAAAUGGAGGCGAGCAGGAGGUAACAUGUGGGAUUGGUGUGCACUCGAGAGGGACAGAUGGGACACUGAGGGGAAAGGACGGGUUUCAUGUAGGAGCCGGUGGCCGGACUUAUCUGCAGGCUCGAGGCGCUGAGGAUGCUUGUAAUACCUGUUCUCUCCUUGGUCUUCACCCGGAGCCCCUCAACGUGCAGUCAAGUUUUCCCAGCAAACAACACCUCCAACUUCACCAAGGUCUGUGUUCAAAUUUGAAGAUGCGGGAUCUGGAACUUU